AUGGGCGUAUUUACAUACGUAUCGCCAAUUGUGGCGGUCGACGCCUUCGGAAUAGCAAAGGAAUCUACGGGAGUCAAGGGAAGUUUACCCAGAAGACUCCUAAUCCAACGAAAGUGUCCCCUGCGCUCGGCUACUUAUAUGCUUGGAACUCACCGGCGUUAUCGAGAUCGCCUCAGAGAUGAUGGAUUGGGAUCAUCUGGUGGACGGUGCUUCAUGGAGGAGGUUAAGGAACACCCAUACGUCUUGGGAUGUGAAGCCGCUAAGCCACUGAUCGUUGACACCUUUAAAUUUAUGUACGACCUGGACUUUUUGAAUCCUCAGGCAGACGAGCUUACCACUCCACCACUGGCAAUGCCAAGGCUACCGCACGAAGUCAUCUUUGCGAUAGGCGGCUGGAGCGGUGGCACCUCUAAAGGUUGCAUCGAGACUUAUGACACGAGGGCAGACAGAUGGGUAACCAUUAACGCAGAGGUUCCUGCUGGUCCCCGAGCGUAUCAUGGAACCGCAGUGCUUGGUUUCAAAAUAUUCUCGAUUGGCGGAUAUGAUGGCGUAGAGUAUUUCAACACAUGCCGAGUUUUUGACACGGUUAAAAAAAAAUGGAACGAAAUCGCACCGAUGCAUUGCAGGCGCUGCUACGUAAGUGUAACAGAGCUAAAAAAGCUGUUAGCUUUUGUCAGCAUCGGCUACAACGCCUCGUUAUAA